UCAAGAUUUACAAUCUGUCUAUUUACUAUGCAAAUUAGCCGAUGCUUAUCUUAUUUUUAUCUCACACUCUGAAGAGGCUUGUAAAAUAUCCGUCGGAUGCUUUGUUGUCUUUUCUUUACUUGAAUGAGUGGGGGUAAAAAAAAAAACAUCCUGAUUUAUGUCUCUUGAAGCAUGCAGUGUAAAUCCAGCCUUAGAGGUGUGUCCUGAUGAUUAAAUAAGCCAAAAUAACCGCAGACGUCGGCCAGAAGAGAAAUGUGGAGGUACAGGUACGCUCAUUCAAUCCCUUGUAUGGAGAAAGAGCCAGCACGGGCCAAAUAAACGCCCUUGGAAGAAAAAGUUUGGACACCCCUGCUGUAUAGGAAUCAGAAUGUGUGAAGCCUCUUUUCACUAAAUUUUUUUGCCAGCAUGGAGACCAGAGAAAUGAAGUUCAUCAAUGAAGGCCUGGAGGAUGAGAUGGAGGUGUGGGGUUACCGACCCUGCCUGUGGAAAAUGAUCCUGGUGGGUGUUGGUACCGUUUGCUCUGGUGGUCUCCUGCUACUCCUGCUCUACUGGCUCCCCGAAUGGGAGGUCAAAGCCACCUGCACGCUCAGCUCACUGAGCGAAGCACACACUCUGCUACUCAGGACCACGGAUGAUUUUAGGCAGUGGACUCGUGCCAAAGUACGUGUGAUGUUGUCUCCAGGAAAGACCCCCUUCGAUAGUGUGGAUGAUCAGUCCAUGGCUCACUUGCUGAAUGGCCACCACCUCAUUGCUGAAGAGAAGGAGCAAAAUGAGAAAUUCUACCUCAGGCAGUCUGCUAACAUUAUCCGCUACUUCACUCACCACAGCAUCAAAUACUACUGGAAUGAAGGGACACAGGACUUUGAAACAUUCACGGGCUUGGAGCACUUAAAGGCGAACUGUGCAGCCAUUUACAGAGACCACAGCUAUGGACUCACAAAAACAAUACAGGACUACAGAGCUAUCUUUUUCGGCAAGAAUGAGAUUGACGUACGAGUUCCAUCUAUCUUUAAACUCUUUGUAAAAGAGGUCUUGAACCCAUUUUACAUCUUCCAGCUCUUUGCCAUUGUUCUGUGGGCUGUUCAGGAAUAUUUCCAUUAUUCCCUCAGCAUGUUAAUUUUAUCUUUACUUUUAAUAGCUGCUUCGUUGUACACCAUACGAAAGCAAUACAAGAAACUUCAUAACUUGGUGGUUGCACACAGUAUGAUGGGAGUUUCAGUGUGCAGAAGAAAUGAAGAUACUGAACAAGUCAUGUCGACUGAGCUCGUGCCUGGUGAUGUCAUCGCUAUUCCAUCCAAUGGGAUGAUCAUGCCGUGUGACGCCGUGCUCAUCAAUGGCACCUGCAUUGUGAACGAAAGCAUGUUGACAGGGGAGAGCGUACCUGUUACUAAGACCAGUUUGCCAAGUUCAGGCGAUGACGCAGAGAGGAUCUACUCUACAGAGGAACACAAGCGACACACCCUUUUCUGUGGCUCACAUGUGAUCCAAAGCCGUUACUAUGCUGACGAGCUGGUGAAGGUGAUUGUGGUCAGAACAGGCUUUAAGACGGAAAAGGGCCAGCUCGUGCGCUCCAUCCUCUACCCUAAACCCACCAACUUCAAACUCCACCGUGAUGCUACACAGUUCCUAAUGUGUAUGGUGGUGUUGGGAGUGCUUGGUUUCUGCUACGCCAUCGUUGUUGAUGUCCUAUUGGGGGUUUCUGUCCAGGCUGUCAUCUACGACGCUCUGAAUAUUACUCUUAUUGCUGUGCCCCCGAUCAUACCCGUAGCCUUGACCGCCGGUCUUGUGCACACGCAGCGGCGCUUGAAGCGAGACGGCAUCUUUUGUAUCAGUCCGCAGAGGAUCAACAUCUCAGGUCAGCUGAACCUGGUCUGCUUUGAUAAGACGGGCACUCUCACUGAAGACUGUUUAGACGUAUGGGGUAUUCAGAGAGCUGAAGCUGGCAUUUUUUCAGCUCCAGACAUUGAGAUAUCUACAAAGACUAAUUUUGCUGCCUGCAUGGCAACUUGCCACACCUUGAUCACCAUAGAAGGCAAACUCUGUGGGGACCCUUUAGACAUCAAGGUGUUCAGCGCCACGGGCUCGAUUCUUGAGGAGGCAACCGAAUACCACACUGCACUUUACAAUGCCAGAAUUUCCUCUGUUGUUCAAUUCCCGGAUCAGUCCAGUGAGUUCGGCAUUGUGCGGCAGUUUCCUUUCUCCUCGGCGCUGCAGAGAAUGUGUGUGGUCGUCCGGCAACUGGGACAAAAACAUUUUGACGUCUAUCUAAAAGGAGCACCAGAGACUGUGGCUAAUCUCUGCAAACCACACACAGUCCCACAAAGUUUCACAGAGAUUCUUGAGGCUUACACAAGACAAGGGUUCAGGGUUAUUGCCUUGGCCCAUAACCAGCUAGAGUCUGAACUCUCCUGGCUCAAAGUCCAGAGCCUAAGCCGAGAGCAGAUAGAAACCGAUAUGGACUUCCUUGGUUUGAUCAUCAUGCAGAAUAAAAUCAAAGAACAGACUGCUGACGUUUUGCUUGAGUUAAGACGAGCCAACAUUCGAACUUUAAUGGUGACAGGUGACAACAUGUUGACAGCAAUAUCAGUGGCUCGAGACUGCGGAAUGAUUCCAGACCAUGAGAAAGUCAUUAUUGCAGACGCAGUGUCUCCGAAUGAUCAAAAUCCCGCCAAGAUCACGUGGCGCUACUGCAAGAGCCCAGUUCAGAUAAACAAUCAGACUAAGAUCCCUUUUUCUGGUGACGGGCUGUGCAGUAACAAUGACCCUGGCUAUCACUUCGCUGUGAGUGGCCAAUCCUUCAAUGUCAUCACUGAACACUUUCCACAACUUUUCCAAAAGUUCCUCCUGAGAGCCAGCGUGUUUGCUCGCAUGACUCCGGACCAGAAGACUCAACUGGUGCAAGCCCUGCAGAGUAUCGAUUACACUGUUGGGAUGUGUGGGGAUGGUGCAAAUGACUGUGGGGCACUGAAGAAAGCUCACAGCGGGAUCUCUCUUUCUGAGCUGGAGGCCUCUGUGGCUUCUCCCUUCACCUCCUCCAUCCCAAACAUCUCCUGCAUUACCAACCUCAUCAGGCAAGGCCGUGGUGCUCUAGUCACAACUUUCUGCGUGUUCAAAUUCAUGUCCCUCUUCAGCUUCAUUAUGUUCUGUGGAGUCAUUCUGCUCUACACGGUUCUCAGCAAUUUUGGAGACUGGCAGUACCUCUUAACUGAUUCUGUGAUGCUUGCUCUAAUCAUCCUUACCAUGAGUCUGAACCCUGCGUGGAAGAAGUUGGUGCGACGCACCCCUCCAAACAGUCUGAUGUCCAUCCCUGUGCUAUCGUCAAUUUUGUUUCAGAUAGUCAACUGUCUACUCUUUCAGAUCUUUACUUUUUUCUUGGUGCGACAACAGAGUUGGUAUCAGACUCCUCAGGAAAUUCAAUGCAAUGACUCCAGUUUCGGUGACACCUGCAGCCUCAACCAAACCAGAGAUGGAGCCUUAUAUAUCAUCAAGAACUUUGAAAACACCUCCCUCUUCUACGUUUCUGCAUUCCAGUACUUGAUUGUUGCGAUUGUAUUCGCAAAAGGAAAACCCUUCAGACAACCAAGCUAUAAAAACUGGUCAUUCGUGUUAACCUGCACUCUUCUGUACACUUUUAUCCUCUUCAUCAUGCUGUAUCCCAUUCCUGCUGUUGAUGAGGUCAUGGAGAUCGCGGAUGUUCCCUACAACUGGCGCAUUAUGCUGCUCAUCAUUAUUUUAGCGCACGCUGUUCUGUCUUUCAUCCUCGAGAAUUUGAUCCUUGACACUCUGUGGAAGUUUUUUCCAACUAAUCCGGGUGUAAAGUGGACCAGCAAACACACAAGUAACACAACACAGAUGGCGAAUCAACAUUGGGGCUUGGCCUUCCUCUCCAGGAUCCUUUGUCGUAAAAACCGGCCCCCAAAGACUAAACACAAGUAUCUGGCAAUGAAGCUGCAAGAGGAGUUCGACUGGCCUCCUGCACCUUCAAGCAUCACCUAUGCUGGAACAUCUCAGUACCACUUAUCGGUCCCAUUUUGACACCAAGAGUGACAGAAUAUCCUUAAACACAGGCCUCGCCUCUACUAGAUGUCUGGUGCUUUAGAGAUGGAUGGAUGGAUGGAUGUGGAUAGAUGUGGAUGGAUGGAUGGAUGGAUGGAUGGAUGGAUGGAUGGAUGGAUGGAUGGAUUCAGUAAAUAGGGGAAAAAAUAAGUUAACUGAACAUUUAAGGACUUUUUCUGUGAUUUCAGGCUAUCCCUGAACCCCCUGACUUGAUUUAGACUUUUUACAUUAAAAGACAUUUGUAUCAA